AAGGAUUUUCUAAAUUCAACACCAUACACAUUCUGGGCCAGAUAAUUCUUUAUUUCAGAAGGUUGCCCGCUGUAUUAUAGAAUGGUUGGAAGCCUCCCUAGCUUCUACACACCAUGUGCCAGUAGCAUUCUGCUCAUUUUCCUCAACCCCUCUCCCACAGUUCAUGACAACUAAUUUCAUCUCCAGACGUUGCCAAAUGUCCCCUGUGGAUUAAAUCUGUACCAGCUUAACAUCCCUCUCCUCUAGUGGAAUGCACAUUUGAUUGGCUUUUUACUACUGAUUAGGAUCUGGACUGUACAGAUAGAUAUUAACUUGCAGACAAUUAAUGAAUUUCAUAUAUUUAUCUAUUACAGAUGCAACUUGAUUCUCUGCAGAAAAGAUAAUCUUAAAGCUUCAGGAGUCCUUGACAACUGCCCUAUUCCUGGAAGCCCACCGAAAUUACUCAACUAAGCAGAUGUCUGGGACCAAAGAAAAUCACAAAUGUUCCUGGAAAAUUGCAGAGUUAAGCAAACCUCUGUUAAGUCAUGUUUGAAUGAUUACCAAGGUUCUACGAAAGUCCUGUGACCACUUCCUAAUUGCAAGAAGAAAACAACCAAAAGGUUGCCAGCUAGCAGUAUGAAUUGGUCCUGUAAUUUGUGUUAGAAAUAGAACUUUGUGGACUAUCUCCUUACUAGCUUCAAGCAGUAAAAACCAUUUGCUCAAACCAAAAGACUUGGCUGAUCUUUUGGCUGAUGCACCUCCAGCAAGGAGCCCUUUGUGUUCAGUAAAAAACUUGGUGACCUAUAUGGGUCAGUUACCCUACCUAGUAAGACCCCUGCUCUUCCACCUAAGAGAAGGUGACCUUGGAACAAUCUUUUGCUAAUAACCUUCUUGCCAGUCCCCCUUCUUAUAAAAACCUUCCAUUUUGUACAACUUCGAGGCUUGCUAGGUGGGAUGCUGCCUGAUUCACCAAUCAUUUAAUAAAGCCAAGUGGAUGUUCAAAUUUACCCGGCUGAAUUCUAGUUUGUAACACUACUUAAGAUAAACUCCCUGUACACCUGGCCCAGCAUUAACACAGGACAGGGAAUUAUGUCUCUCUUAAUUUUUUAAAAAUCUCAUGUUGAAUCUCUCAAAUCAGCAGCAACAACAUAGAGUUCUAAAAUUCUUAUCAUUUAUUACGAAUAGUUGAAAGUUAAAAAAAAAAAAUGUCCUUGCUUUCAACAUUUUCUUUCGGUAACAGCUAAUAGCUUCGUACUCGCCGUCUCCCAUGGCUUCCUCUCUGGGGUUCUCGCCCCUUCUCUGGCGGUCUCAGGCUCCCCAGCUCUCCAACUCCCACAACAGUCCCAGGAAAAGUUUCACCUAGCUUUGGGGAGCUCCUCCUAUGAGGGGGCUCCACCCACAGUACGUAAGAAACUGUAUAAACGGACGUGGCCAUCUUAACCUCAGCGCUUGCGCUGCUGGAGACAAAGGAAGCUCAGCUUGGAGGUUAGGGCACCUACGUAUUGGUCACAGGAGGUUUGGGCUUCUGAGGAGCUAAAAGUAGCGGGGAAGUCAAUGUUUAAGGACCCAGGAGCGCGUGCUCCUCCCAGCCCUGAGGUAGCUUAACCCGCUGGUCUAACAAAGGGCCUCUUCACCGCUGUACGGCCCCGAUUUAAACAUGGCCUCUCCCAACAAGCUGUCAGGAGGGCGCAGCCAUCAUACCUACCGUUAAAGUUCAGAAACCCAGAAUCCUGUUCGUUGGAAGGUUGCCAGGUGGCGGCCGACAGCCUCAAAGUCGUGACUGAGUCUGCGCACUGGCCAGUUGGGAUGGGAAGAGAUUAUACUGCGGCGAGGCGCCGUAGUCCGGCGAUCAAUUUCGGGUUAUGGGCGCGGAUCCAGGAAAAAUGGGAAAGGCCCUUUCUGGCAACAGUAAUGAUGUAUCCAUCUGUGACAACAUCCCAUGAGUGAGUCUGGUUUCUGGAAAUCUGUUCUAACUCCAUGGCAGCUGGGAUGGAUGUGACUUUGCUUGUGGUUAGAAAACAAAGAAUUUACUGAUUAACAAAAUAAUUCUGCAUUUCAUACUGAAGAUGAAACAUUUGAGAAUAGCCAGGAUAUUUCUGAAGAAUAAGUAACGUGGAGCAGCGUGCCAGACAAAGUUUUAAAACAUGUUGUAGAGCUUCAGGAAAUAAAGGCUAUGACCCAAGAAGAAGAGCCAAUUGAGGGAAAAGCCACUGAGUUCACUAUUGUGAAUGGGAAGGAGAGAUCUAUGAUCUGUCUGGUUUUAAAUUUAUGCCUGAGAGCAUCCAAAUGAUGGUUACUUGAGUCCCCUGUACACCUGUGUGGGUCCCACCACCUCGUUGACAGCAGGGCUUCACAGGACCUUGGUCAAGUCUACAGAAGGCCCUGCCUGGGGCUAUAGUUGAGGUCUCUGUCUUCACAGGACUCAAAUCUUUUUCCAAGAACAGCAGAAAAUGAUUGAGUACCAGCAGAGACCUGUGUCAUUCAAAGAUGUGGUAGUGGGCUUCACUCAAGAGGAGUGGUACAGGCUGAAUCCUGCCCAGAGGGCGCUGUACCGGGAUGUGAUGUUGGAGACCUACAGCAACCUUGUCUCAGUGGGUUAUGAAGGCACUAAACCAUAUGUGAUCCUCAAGCUGGAGCAGGAAGAAGCACCAUGGAUUUGUGAGGCAGCAUGCUCAGGCUGCCACUGUCAGGAAAACAUCUGUCAAGUUAAUGUCCAGAGGAAAAGACAAGACAUGAUUUUGAAACAAGGUGCAUUCAUCAGCAAGAAAACCUUGCCCAAGGAAAGAAGCCAUGAAAACAGUAAGUUUGGGAAAAUAUCAACUCUGAGCACUAAUCUUUUUCCAUCCAUUCAGAACCCCAGUAACUGGGACCCCUGUGGAAAGAAUGUGAACCAUAAUUUAGACUUGAUUAGUUUUAAGAGACACUAUUCAAAAAAACAAAAUGAAUGCUGUGGAUGUGGGAAAUUGUUACAGCAUACAAACCACGAUAGAAGACCUAAUGGAGAAAGACUCUGGGAAUGCAGUCAUUGCGAGAAAGCUUUCAGCCACAACCCAGCACUUAUGUAUAAACCAGCAGUAACCAAUUCUCUUGUAUACAAACGUAAGAGGGUUCCACCUACAGAGAAACCCCAUGUCUGUAGUGAGUGUGGGAAAGCAUUCUGCUACAAGUCUGAAUUCAUUAGGCAUCAGAGAAGUCACACGGGGGAGAAGCCAUAUGGAUGCACUGACUGUGGGAAAGCCUUUUCACAUAAGUCAACUCUCAUUAAACAUCAGCGAAUUCACACUGGGGUAAGACCCUUUGAAUGUUUUUUUUGUGGGAAAGCCUUCACUCAGAAGUCACACCGCAGAGAACAUCAAAGAACACAUACUGGAGAGAGACCCUUUGUGUGCAGUGAAUGUGGGAAAUCAUUUGGUGAGAAGUCAUACCUCAAUGUACAUCGAAAAAUACACACAGGAGAAAGACCAUAUCGUUGCAGAGAAUGUGGAAAAUCCUUUAGCCAAAAGUCAUGCCUCAAUAAACAUUGGAGAACUCAUACAGGAGAAAAACCUUAUGGAUGCAGUGAAUGUGGCAAAGCUUUUUACCAGAAGCCAAACCUUAGUAGACAUCAGAAAAUUCAUGCCAGAAAGAAUGCCUAUAGGAAUUAAAACCUAAUAAUUGUGAGAAAGCGUUAAGCAAGGUAUCCUAUUUAAUUAUAUGUGGAGGUGUUCAUUUUUAGGAGAAAUCUCAUUGAUUUAAUGAAUUUGGGCAAGAUGUUUUACCAUAAGGGAAGUCAUGUUCUAAUUGUGAUAGAAAUUUUUAUACAAAGAUUAUAGAAAAUACUUUAUAAAACAUAAACAUCACUUAUGGUCACUUUGGCUUAUGAAGUUCAGAAAUAUGUUAAUGGGAUGACAACAGCAUAUAAAAUAUAUGUGAAGAGAAUUGGUAUAUUAUGGUAUAUUCCACAGUUAGCCACAUAAUAAGCAUUAUUUAUACUUUGGGAGUGUAAAUGUGAAUUUAAUGUAAAUUGUGAAUAACAAACACAUGUGUCACAUACUAUGUAGAAUGCCACUCAUCAAACUUUUCUACUCUAAAUAUCACCAUUGUCUUUCAGUGUCUUAACAAUAUAAAAAAUAAUGAUAAUAACAUCUGUUAAUGUUGAAAAGCCGAAGCUAAAGAAUAGUUUCACAGCCUAAUAUUGGAUGAGCAAAAUACUAUAAACUUGAUUAUUCAGCACAGCCAUUAUUUGACAAAAAGUAGUGUAGCCCUGGUAUUGUGCAUAUUUUCUAAUUUCUUUUUUUUCUUCUAUUUUCUUAGUCUUGCUUAACAUGCCUUGUAACAAAUGAGUAGGAGAGACACUGUUUAUAUGAGUCUUAUAAUUCAGAAAUGUUUCAUGCAGAGACCAAAGAAGGAAAAUUUUUCUUUUUGCAAACUAGUUCAGCAACAUCCACUUUUCUUCCCUAUCAGUUUCCCUGUGAAUGCCCUGGGCACAAAAACACAAGUUGUUUCAUCUUUCCAAUCUUUGAAAAAAGUCUACUUCCUUGAGCUGCCAUGUCAUCCAAAUAAAACAAAUGGCCACAUUGUUCAGGAUUUGCCUCCCUAUAAGAAUGCCUGAUCAAGGGAUCCCUGGGUGGCACAGCGGUUUGGCGCCUGCCUUUGGCCCAGGGUGCGAUCCUGGAGACCCGGGAUUGAAUCCCACGUCGGGCUCCCGGUGCAUGGAGCCUGCUUCUCCCUCUGCCUAUGUCUUUGCCCCCCCCCCUCUGUGUGUGACUAUCAUAAAUUAAAAAAAAAAAAUGCCUGAUCAAGAAUAAGAAAGGAAGCAAUCACAUGAGCAUUGGGUAUUGUUUGUAAGUGAUGAAUCACUAAAUUCUAUAUCUGAAACUAAUAUUACACUGUUUGUUAACUAACUGGAAUUUAAAUAAAAACUUGGAAAAAAGUAACAUAAUCACAGAUAAAGAUGUAAUUAAAAGAAUGAUAAGAGAUACUUCUUACAACUCUAGAAGAACACGCUUUUAAAAGAGGAAAUAAAUGUUUUUCUAGCAAAAUGUAAGUUAGAAAAGUUGCAAUAGAAGUAGAAAUUUGGGGCACCUGGAUGGCUCAGUGGUUGAGCAUCUGCCUUUGGCUCAGGGCAUGAUCUUGGGGUCCCAGGAUCAAGUCCCACAUCGGGCCCCCCACGGGGACUCCCUCUGCCUAUGUCCCUGCCUCUCUCUGUGUGUAUCUCAUGAAUAAAUAAAUAAAAUAUUUCUUUAAAAUAUUUUUUUAAAAAAAGUAGUAACUUAAUAGAACAAUUACCAUUGAGUUUGGAAAAGUGAUUAAAGAUGUAGGAUUGAAAAUACUCCAGUCCCAGAUGAUUUCGUAAUUAGUUUCAUCUAACUUUUUUCAUAGGCUCCAUGCUCAGCAUGGAGUCCAACAUGGAGCUUGAAUUCAUGACCCCGAGAUUGAGACCUCAGCUGAGAUCUAGAAACUCUUAAAGAGUGGUACCAGUGCUCCUUGAAAAUUACAGCCCAUAGACUAUGUUCCUCAAUUUAUUUUAUGAAGUCAGAAUAAGUUUUAACACCAAACCCAAAUAAAAAUAGUGGAAAAAAGAAAACCCCAAACCAGUUUUAUUCAUGAAUUUAGAAACAAAAAUUAAAAUAAUAGCAAA